AUGGAUAACCAGAGUGCAGAGGAAGAAAGAAAAGAGAGUCAUGUGUCCAGUAAAGUAUCUGAACCUCCAGCAGUAAAAGAGAAGUUCAGUCCCCUGAAGCAGCGGUCUCCCCCUGCCAGCCGCCCCCACCUGUCCCCGGAGGAAAUCAAAGACGCAGAUCGAGCGCAGCAUUACAUGCAGCAGGUGGACUCAGACCCCCAUUACAUGCAGCAGGUGGACUCAGACCCCCAUUACAUGCAGCAGGUGGACUCAGGCCCCCAUUACAUGCAGCAGGUGGACACAGACCCCCAUUACAUGCAGCAGGUGGACACAGACCCCCAUUACAUGCAGCAGGUGGACUCAGACCCCCAUUACAUGCAGCAGGUGGACUCAGACCCCCCAUUACAUGCAGCAGGUGGACUCAGACCCCCAUUACAUGCAGCAGGUGGACACAGACCCCCAUUACAUGCAGUAGGUGGACACAGACCCCCAUUACAUGCAGCAGGUGGACUCAGACCCCAUUAUAUGCAGCAGGUGGACACAGACCCCCAUUACAUGCAGCAGGUGGACACAGACCCCCAUUACAUGCAGCAGGUGGACACAGACCCCCAUUACAUGCAGCAGGUGGACACAGACCCCCAUUACAUGCAGCAGGGGGUGGACACAGACCCCCAUUACAUGCAGCAGGUGGACACAGACCCCCAUUACAUGCAGCAGGUGGACACAGACCCCCAUUACAUGCAGCAGGUGAACACAGACCCCCAUUACAUGCAGCAGGUGGACACAGACCCCCAUUACAUGCAGCAGGUGGACACAGACCCCCAUUACAUGCAGCAGGUGGACACAGACCCCCAUUACAUGCAGCAGGUGGACACAGACCCCCAUUACAUGCAGCAGGUGGUGGCGAAGUCUGUACAACCCCACUGCAUGUAA